AUGAUGCUCCUCGGCCCAAGCCUUUACGGUGACAGCGGCGCGGCUGGGGUGCGCGCGAGCAGAGUAAGAGAGGAGCGACGGAUGCGGGAGGAGCGGCUGCUGCAGGCUCAAGUGAGAUCCCGUCGUAUUGGCAUGGGUCGCUUCAGCCUUUUGAGGCGCCUCAAAACUUGCUGCAGGCUCAAAUUAUCGAAUCCGGGAGCAAUGCAAGCUCCUUCGCAGACAUCGCGUAAUGACGUGAGAAUCGUUGCGGCACCGGGGCUCCAGAUAGUGCUUACGGGUCAUUGGAUAACCAAUAACUGUUUUUCCCGCUCUUUCCCUCCUUCCUUGAUCCACAUCACCACCAACCAACCAACCAACCAGGUGAACAGUACGCUGGCGUCUCUCGAAAGGAAUGCUGACGUGGCGUCGCUGACUCAGCAGCAAACAACAUGCUCGUGCUACCGCGUGCGCAAUGAUUACUGCUGCUACCAGUACAUGUGCAAGUGCUCUCCCAUGUGCUGGAACGGCUACCAGCCGAUUUCUCUGGGUGAGCCCAAGUGUGCACCAGCAACAGAGCACGCACCUCCCCAACCGGGCCAGCCGCCCGUGCUCACCCCUGUGAGCUGCGCAGAGCAACACACAUUCCGCAGCGCUCUCUACAGCUGCUUUCCAGAGACUUCCGAAGGGGGCCUGGGCGUACGGAGUACAGGGGAAGGGGGAGGUGGUAGUGGGGGCGGAGGGGAGGGCGGAGAGAGGGGCGGAGGACGAGGUGGGGAAGGGUGGCUGGGGAGCCGUAGCGGGGUGGACUGGCGGUUUGGGCAGACGAUGCUACAGACGUUCAGCCAGAGCGAGGGCAACAUUGCACACUUCUCUCGUAAGUGGGGUGGGGUGGGUGCACCCGCUGGAGGUUGUGGUGCAGGUUUACUGCUGUACUGCAAUCCACUGCAGCACUUCCCCAACCUCCCUCUCUCCUCCCACCCCCUCCCUUUUAUCCCAACUGCAGAGAAGGUCUUCACGCUCCUCCUGGCCAACAACUUCACGGCGUCAGCUGCGCUGCAAUCCACCGUGAAUCGCCUCAUGCUGCCUCGCUCGCCACAGUUCAUUGAACGAAUUCGAACGAUAGGUGCAGACUCCAUGUUUGCUCGGGUGAUGCAGGCCAUGAUCGAAUUCGCUGUCACGCCGCUGCUCGCCUCCCGCGUGCACAACUCUCCGGAACUCCUCGCUCACAAGACCCUGGGGGACCUACCAAUGGCAUUCGGCCUAGUGGAGUUCGAGUCUGCAUGGAACGCAGCGACCGAAUCCCGCCCCCUCUGCUUCGAAAGCCUCCUCCUCCCUGGCAUCUUUAAGGGAAUGGUCUUCCCGUCCCACCCUGACCAAGGCACCUACCUGGAGAGACACCUGAGGAUCAAGCUGGGGCUGAAGCCUCCAGAGAAAAUGGUGUGGGGGGCGGAUGGGGCGAGGGGGUGGCGGCCGCGGGUGCUGUAUAUCACACGGCUGGGGGCGGAGUUGAAGGGUCGGCGGUGCUUCGUUCCGGAGAGCCAUGAGGCACUGCUGAGGCUCAUGAAUGAUUUGGAUUUUCAGGUGACAAUGGUCGAGAUGGGUCACCUCACAUUCCGCCAGCAGUUCGAAGCCAUUCAAUCGGCCGACAUCAUCAUUUCCCUCCACAGCGCAUCCUUGAUGAACGCGCCUCUUUUCGCCCGACGCAACGUCGUUGUUAUUGAAAUAAUGCCCUACAAGGUGGCUCACGAGUUGUACUACUCUCUAAUGCUCAACUCCGGAAUGCCGUAUAUCCUCAAGAUGUGCCGCAAAGGGGACGAGCAGGAGGGCGACGCAGAGUUCAAGGAUCUGAACCAUUUCGAUUGCAUGCACAAGCACGCAGCGUGCAAGGAGCAUCAUGUUCACCACCGGCGCGUGAAACUCACGAACCGAGAUCUGCAGGAUUUGAAAACUAUGCUGAUGGUGGCAAAGGGUGUGACUGGCGCGAGCUUGGGGGCGUUUGGGAGGGAGAUUCAGCCCAAGGAGCUGCCAAGGUGGGCAGAAGAGAAGUUCAAGGAUGUGUGUGUGGCCCGAGAUGUGGAUUGGUCCGGACCGCGGAACGAUUUUUUACGGGUGCCCAAGCCAGGUAAGGCGGACGAGGAUUUUAUAUGUGUGUUUUCGAGGGAUGAUCUUGAUGAUGCAUGA